AUACAUUUUGCUUCUAUCGUCUUCUCCCAGCUUCCCAUGAACAUGAAGUCCUCCCUAUCUUCUAUUCUUUCUUUAGUCGCUGAGGUAAAAAAGGGGAUGUUCUCCAAUCAAGACAUUUACACGUUGAUUACCCCCUCUGCCUAUGACACAGCUUGGUUAGCCAUGAUCCCAGACCCCACAAAUUCCAAGCAACCAAUGUUCAACAGUUGCUUGGAUUGGAUACUCAACAACCAAAAUGAAGCAGGGUUCUGGGGAGAAUCUCACGCGGAGGGUCGUCCUACCAUUGAUACUCUUCCGGCAACUCUUGCUUGUUUGGUUGCUCUCAGAACAUGGAAUGUUGGAGAAGGAAACAUAGGAAAAGGUUUAGAGUUCUUCCAAUCCAAAGCAGAGAUAAUCCUCAAACUAGCUUAUCAUCAUCUUCCACGCUGGUUUGUUAUUGUUUUCCCUGCAAUGGUUGAACUUGCACAAGCAACAGGUCUUGAUCUUGCUCUCACUCAAGGGUCAGAGACUGUUUUGGCCGAUGUUCUAUGCAAGCGGCAACAACUCCUGGACAUGGAGAACGUUGAAGAUGAUUCACACCAGUAUUAUCCACCACUGAUAUCAUAUCUAGAGAGCUUGCCUUCUGCGUAUCAUGCCGAUCAACAGAAAAUACUGAAGAAUUUGGGUGGAGAUGGCUCAUUAUUCCAGUCACCCUCAGCCACAGCAAGUGCAUAUAUAGCCACUGGAAAUUUGAAGUGCUUGAAUUACCUAAAGUCUCUUGUUCAGAGGUGCCCCACUGGAGUACCAGCCGUGUAUCCCGUGGAUGAAGAAUUCACAAAGCUCCUCAUGGUUGACCAUGUACAGAGACUAGGAUUAUCGGAGCAUUUCAACGAAGAAAUUGAACAUAUCUUGAAACAAGUUGAUGGGAACUUUAGGUAUCAUGACUCACAACCUACUGAAACAUUUCUCCUAGUUAAAAAACUGUCCAAGGACGCACUGGCAUUUCGGCUCCUGCGGAUGCAGGGAUAUGAUCUAAAUCCACGUUGCUUUUGUUGGUUUCUGCAAGAUAUAAACAUGCUAGAUUAUAUGGAGCAAAAUUGUGAACAUCUUACAAGUGUACUAUAUACUGUAUAUAGAGCCGCGGAUAUUGCUUUUACAGGCGAAUAUGAGCUGGAGGAGGCACGAUCUUUCUCCAAAAAAUUGUUGGAGAAAGCAACCAGUGCUGUCAGGAUUAGAGAUGAUAAUCUUGUGAUUUUUCCGGGUCUUCAAAAAGUUAUAAAACAUGAGUUGACACUGCCUUGGAUUACUCGACUUGAUCAUCUUGAGCAUAGGAUGUGGAUUGAAGAAAAUAAAUUCAGUCCCCUGUGGCUCGGAAAGGCAUCGUUCUACAGGUUGCCUUGUUUCAACAAUGAGAAACUGAUACAACUUGCUUCCGAGAACUACAAGUUUCGGCAAUCAAUCUACGCCAAGGAGUUGGAAGAACUAAAGAGAUGGUCCACUGAGUCUGGUCUAGCUGACAUGGGAUUUGGACGAGAAAAAACUACGUACUGCUAUUUCGCUAUUUCGGUCUGCUGUUGCUUGCCCCAUGACUCUAUCAUUAGGCUGAUUGUUGCCAAGGCUGCAAUUCUUAUUACAGUUGCCGAUGACUUCUACGACAUGGAAGGAUCUAUCACUGAAUUGGAAGCCCUGACUGAGGCCGUUCAAAGAUGGGAUGGCAAAAAUUUGAGGGGCCACAGUAAGACAAUCUUUGAUACCCUUGAUGAUCUAGUGACAAAGACUGCAGCUACAUACCAUCUUCAGCAAGAACAAACCAAAUUCUUGAAGGAAUUUAGGGAUAUCUGGCGGGAAACAUUUCUUUCUUGGAUGACAGAAAGGACUUGGAGUGAUACCGGUUACCUACCAUCCAUGGAGGAAUAUCUAGAAACCGGCAUGGUAUCUAUUGCGGCACACACGCUCGUUCUUCCUGCUUCUCGUUUCUUAAGUCAAAAACUGCCGGUGGAAGAGUUCAAGCCGGGCAAGUACAGAGACAUCACGAAAUUGCUCAUGGCUUCCACCCGUUUGGUGAAUGACACUCAGAGCUAUCAAAAAGAACAAGCGGAUGGGAAAAUGAACAUGGUGACGCUCCACUUAAAUGAAAAUCCAGAGGCGGAUAUUGAUGAUUCGGUUGCUUAUGUGAAACACAUUUUGGACGAGAAGACGAAAGAAUUCCUACAAAUUGUUCUGGAAGAUAGCUCCAGCGAUAUGCCUAAAUCAUUCAGGCAUUUGCAUUUAUCUUGCAUGAAAGUAUUUCAGAUGUUUUUCAACUCCACCAACCUAUAUGACAGCAAGGAAGAUUUGAUUGAUAAUAUCAAGAAAGCCAUCCACAUUCCUCCUGAUUAUACUCAAACUCCAGACCAUCGAGUUAAGCCACUGCCAAUGCCAUCAUCAGCUCCUCCAGAAAAGAAAAAUGUCGUCAAAAUUGCUGCCCGUUUCGACCCCAACAUCAAAGUCAAAUACCGCGGCGGCAAAGCCAUGUUCAUGGGACAACAGUUACUGAUCAAGAAUCCUAUUUCUGUUUGUGGUAGUGGAGCAGUCUGUGUCCCGCCAAGAUUUUAAUAAUUUGGUUGUAUCAUUUGAAUAAUAAUGUUGUCUGUAUAAAUUUCUUCUGGUGUAUUUCCUAGAUGUUGUUUGUGUGCACUUGGUCGGAUAUUGCUGGCACGUUGUCUCUACUGUGUGAUUUGUAUGAUAUUGAAAUAAGACGUUGAGAUUAUGUUUGGAUAG